AUGAGUAGCAAUGGAAAUCAUAAUCUACACAUCUUCUUCUUCCCCUUCUUGGCUUAUGGCCAUAUAAUACCAACAGUUGACAUGGCUAAAUUAUUUGCAGAAAAGAGUGUGAAGGCCACUGUCAUCACCACACCAGGCAACGCACCUUUCAUCUCCAAAGCCAUUGAAAAAGCCAAAACUAACAACAACGAGAUUCAGAUCCAAACCAUCGAGUUCCCUUCUGCAGAGGCUAGUUUACCUGAUGACCUUGAAAAUAUUGAUUCAAUCCCUUCCCCAGAUUUGUUUGGAGCAUUUUUUAUGGCCACCACUUUGCUACAAGAGCCGCUUGAACAACUAUUGCUCAAGCAACGUCCGAAUUGCAUUGUCGCUGAUAUGUUCUUCCCAUGGGCAACUGAAUCUGCCGCCAAAUUUGGAAUUCCUAGGCUCGUCUUCCAUGGGUUUAGUUUCUUCUCCUUGUGUGCUACCACGUGCAUGGGAUUCUACAAGCCUGACAACGAUGUUUCUUCUGAUUCUGAGUCGCUCGUCAUUCCUAAUCUUCCGGGUGAGAUUAAAAUAGCAAGGAUGUCGUUGAGACCCUAUGGCAGGAGUCAGGCAACAGGCUUCAUCAAAUUGUUGGCGGAAGCAAAGGAGUCAGAGUUGAGAAGCCAUGGAGUUGUUGUGAAUAGUUUCUACGAACUUGAGAAGGUAUAUGCAGAUUAUUUCAGCAAGGUGCUUGGAAGAAAAACAUGGCAUAUUGGUCCCUUGUCUCUUUGCAACAGGGACAUGGAAGAAAAGGCAAAUAGAGGAAAGGGGGCAUCUGUGGGUGAUCAUGAGUGUCUAAAAUGGCUUGACACAAAGAAACCCAAAUCAGUCGUUUACGUAUGCUUUGGAAGUACAGUAGUGUUACCUGAUUCUCGACUUAGAGAGAUUGCUACGGGUCUUGAGGCUUCAGACCAACAAUUCAUGUGGGUGGUGAGAAAAAGGAAAGAAGAUGGAGUUGAAUGGCUACCUGAUGGAUUUGAAAAAAGGAUGGAAGGUAAGGGAUUAAUCAUAAGAGGGUGGGCACCUCAACUAUUAAUUCUUGAACAUGAGGCCAUUGGAGCAUUUGUGACUCAUUGUGGAUGGAAUUCAAUCUUGGAAGCAGCGUCUGCUGGGGUUCCCAUGAUAACCUGGCCAAUUUUUGCGGACCAAUUUUUCAAUGAGAAGUUGGUGACCGAAGUCCUUAAAAUUGGGGUACCUGUUGGUGCCAAAAAAUGGGUUGGAGUGGAAGGAGAUAAUAUUACAUCUGAUGUAGUGGAGAAGGCAGUUAAGACGAUAACGAUAGGGGAAGAAGCCAUUGAUAUGAGGAAUAAAGCAAAGGAGCUUUCAAAGCUGGCUAGGCGAGCCAUGGAGGAAGGAGGAUCAUCUCACUCUGAUCUGACAACUUUAAUUGAAGAGUUGACUUCAUUAGCCUUCCUUUGA